UGACAGACAGCCAGGAGCAGACAUGGCAGCGCCCUGAUCUUCCUCUAUGGAGGCGGUGCAGCAUGAGGAGGAGGAAGAGGAGGCGGAGCAUCAGGAAGGAGGCGGGGCCAUGCUGUGGUCCCUCCAGGAGGCCCUGGACAGACAGACCCUCCAGAUCGGGGUGUCGGCCUGCGGGGCCACGGCAGUGCUGGACGUCCUGAAGCUCCUGGGCGUCGCCGUGUCCGCAGAGGAGGCGGAGUUCUGCGUCCAGACGCGAUUGAGGAGGAAUGACGCCUCGCUGGACGACUACCUCCUGUCUCGGAGCGAAGCUGGAGCGACUCACGCUCAGCUCAUCUCCGGCGCUGAGGAGGCUAGCGGUGGGAAGGUGACAGGCCGGUUCUUCCACCUGCACCCGCCGCGUCGGGUCCGCCUCAUGCGCUGGCUGGAGCGCUGGAUCCGGGCCGGCGCCGUUCCCGUGGCGACCAUGAACAUGCAGGCGGGCGUGGCCGACGGCGAGGAGCUGCCCGACGCCUGGCACCACCAGCUGGUGUUCGGGGUGUGUGGAGACGCCGCCUUCAUGACCAACCCGCUGGACGUGGUGCUGGAGGCGGAGCUUCAGCCCAGACUGUGCAGUGAGUCGGAGCUUCUGAUUCGUCGAGACGACGUUCUGAGCAGAAUCCCUCCGGACUGUUCUGUGACCGAACUGAUGGAGAAGCUGGAGAACCUGGAGGACCCCCGGUGGAGGGAGCUCCACGUCAAGGCUCAGGUCCUGUCUCUGGUCCAGCAGCAGCAGGACGGAGACCAGAGGACGUCUCACCUCAGGAUCCCGGCAGCCUAUCAGUCUGGAGUCUCUCUGUUCGCCGUCAGGGGGACGCAGGUGUGCAGGGACCUGAUGGAGGCUCAGGAGCUGCAGAUCCUCUGAGCACGACAUGCUUUUGUUCUUUUUGUUCUGAAAUAAAGUCAUGAAAAAAAAGCACAAAAAAACCCGAAACGGAAUAAAGAUGGAAAAGACUUUUUUAUCAUUUGAAAUUUACAGUUUGUGAACAAAUACAGAAUAAGA